AACGACGUGUUUUUCUUCAGCUCAACAUGAAAAUUCAAGUGAUACUUUGUCCGAUAGCAAUAUCUUUUGCUUUUAUGGAUCAUACUUAUGCUGGCGUGACCAGAGCACAGAUGGAAAAUUUGGCUAACGGUAUCCGAAAGGGAUGUGCAAAGAAAGUAGGCGCUGAUCUAGCUUUGGUCGAAGGAAUACGAAAUGGACAAUUCCUGGAAGGGAAUACUGCAUUAAAAUGCUAUACGAAAUGCGUAAUGAUUAUGAUGAAAACUCUUAGAGGCAACAGGGGAGAUCUCAAUGUCUUAAAGAAACAAAUAAAAGCAAUGGCAUCAGAGGACGUUGCCGACAAACUUAUUUCCGCUGCAUCACAAUGUUAUUCCGAAAUCGCAAUUAUGACUGAUCUUUGCGAGUACACGUGGAGGUAUACAAUUUGCACCUACAAGAAAGAUCCAGAAAAUAAAAUGAAAUUGCUCUUUCGAAUAGCGACUUUUAGCCUGAUUUUACUGGUUCUUGAGACUGCCAAUGCUAAAAUGACUAUGGACCAAAUAAGAAAUACCUUAAGACCCUUCAAAACUUCGUGUCUGAAAAAAACUGGAGUAGAUUUUGACUUGGUAGAAGGAACCAAACUUGGUAAUUUUCCGGAAGAACGAUCUCUAAUGUGUUUCUGUAAAUGUGUUAUGCAAAUGAUGAAAGUGGCAAAAAAUGGCGAAAUUUUGAUAAAUGCAAUGAUGCAACAAGUAGAUUUAAUGAUGCCCGAUGAGUAUGUUGAUGAAAUGAAAUCAAUAAUUACGAACUGCGGAAACGAAGCCUCUACAAAAGAGGAUGCAUGUGAAUCCAGCUUUGUGUUUGUCCGAUGUUUUUAUCGAUCUAACAGUAAUCUCUACUUUUUUCCGUGAUCAUUGCAACUGUAAUCGACCUACAACUUGUUCAUCUAUGAUCUAUCUAACUAUUUCAAUUUCAUGCAAUAUACUUUUUACAUAAAGUUUGAACAUUUUUUUAUAAGUAAUUGUAUAUCCUAUUAGGGUUGUAUAAAAUCAAAUUUUUUAAUAAGAAUUAAAGCGAAAAUAUCUAACCAUUAUUUCAUUAAAAUUUCUAGAUUUAUUAUUCAUAUUCGUAUUGAUUUGUCAAAUUGGUUUAUAUUACAGAUUAACAAAAAAUUACGUUUAAUAAAAAAAUAAAAAUUAAAGAUAUAAUUAAGUCAUGCAUGAAAAAAGGAUUAUACGGAUAUCUCUUAUAAUUAAUGUAAAAAAUGCUGCCAGCUGAUAUAUUGAAUUGAAAUGUAAAGAAAGUGAUAAGUUUGUGUAACACAUAUUUGAAAUUUUUUAAAUUAUAGCUAGAAAAAUGAAAGUUUAUUUCGACGACUUUUCUGAGAUAAAAUGGUUUCACGACGAUAUCUUUAUUUAUAAUGUUAUUUAUAUGUGUACAAUGUAAUUUAUAAUUUUCACUGUUUAAUAUUGACUCUAGCAUCAAUAGAAUAUUAUAGCAGAGUGAACAUAAACAUAGCUGUUAAGGUUUUCUGCUCAUACUUGUAAUUAAAACAGAAUAUACUAGAUUAAGUGAACGAAAAUAAGCAAAGCUGAUGUUUAUUAAAAAAAUUCUUGUUGAAAAAGUGAAAA